AUGCCUUAUUUGAUUUUCUCUUGUGUAAAACUUAUUGCUCUGAUUAAGGGCGGAACCAUAAGUCAUUGCUCAAUACUCAAGCCUUCAGCCUUCAGAGCUGCAACGCUCAAGAACGAUGUAGCAAGGGUCAUAUGUCAUCUGAUCCCUUAUGCUGGUAUGGGGCUCAACUACUCGUUGUAUGCACUGGCAGCACCUUCUCCUACCCGUUACUUCACGUCCCUGCAAGUCGGCACAGUCACCCGGACACAAUCUGCAUCUGCAGGCUUUAAUCCUGAGCAUCAUCCGAUUGUACUCCAACAACUGGUCGAGUCUCUUUCACCAAGCGAAUUUGUGGCUCCCUUGAGUGCUUCUUCUAAUGCGAAAGAGGCUAUGGCCAAGGGCUCUCUUUCGGACAAGCCUCCGGUGGCUACUCAAGGAUCACAUCAGGGCCCAGUUACGGAUGGCCAUGCUUAAGAAAAAAACGCGCACUUGAAAUCAAAUUUCUUUAAACACGAGAGUAGACACAGCUCGUUGCAAACAAUUUUUUUUGAAUCUCAGCUUUGCCAUGGCUGUCGCUUCUACCUUCUCUCUGUCGUUCUGUUCGACCUUUUUAUAGUUUAAAAAGUUAUCCUCCUUUCCUUUAUUCUUUCUUUCAUUCCUUCC